CAGGCAUAAUGUAUGACACAUGUUACAUAAUGAAAUCGUGCGUUCAGUGCGUCUAGUGUGUGGAAACCUAUUAUUUACAUACAUAUGCUAUAUGAUUGGGAUUAUUUACUGUACCGUACUGAAAGUACUCCAGAAAAUACAACUACGCCCAGAGACGUUCCUGUUGAGCUCAGUUUUCGCUAUACAGAGAUCACCGCGUGAUCUCAUCGACUGAGCUGAGGUCACAGCGCACAUUUCAGCAAGGUAUGCCAGAACAGGUAGUUUACCCUCUAUUCAUGGCGACUUAUAUGAUGAGCGGAGAUCAAAGCAAAUGACCAUGGACACUUUUAAAGUACCUGUCGACAACGUUGGCGUCAUGGCUGGGAAGGACGUGGACGACGGCUGGGCGUGGGCGGUGCUUGUGGCGUCCUACAUGAAUCAAUUCCUGCUGUCGGGAGUGUGUUACAUGGGAGGCAUGUUCCAGGUCGUUCUGUUGGAGCACUUCCAGGAGAGUGUUGGUUUCACAGCCUGGGUCACGGCAGUGUAUGCCUCACUCAUGUUGGCUGCAGGUCCUCUCGCGAGUGUCAUCACUUCCUACUUCGACUCCCGGACGUCCGUGAUGCUCGGCGGUCUGCUACUCGCGGGGGGUCUCGUCGCAAGUAGUUUUGCAACAUCUCUGAGCUACCUGUUUGUAUCCUUUGGACUUACUGCAGGUCUUGGAUUGGGAUUAAGUUACACGCCCUCUGUCGUCAUUGUCAGCUACUACUUUGACAAGAAACGGACGAUUGUGACGAGUGUGGCUUUGUCUGCUUCCGGCAUGGGGUUACUGCUUGCGCCAAUAGUGUUCCGAUAUCUAUUGGACAACUUUGCCUGGAGAGAGUCCUUGGUCAUUCUUGCAGGAAUCUGUAUUCAUAUCACCGUGUUUGGAGCCCUUAUGUUCCCUAUACAUGAACGAAAGGCUUGCCCAGUGUUCUCCAGGUGUGGUAAACACAGAUCCAAAGACCCUUCAGAAGACCUCGCAGCUGAAGUGGUAAUGGACUCAAACACAAAUAAUGAUCAUAAUCAUUCAAGAAUUAUCCCAUAUGAAAUCGAUAAGUACGGAAGUGUGAUACUCAAAGACGACUGCGAACUUAUGCAAAACGGAACAGUUGAUAAGAUGCAUGGGACUACUGACAGCCAAUUAGACAUUUUCAAGAAUGUGGCUUUUGUGGUGUUUUGUGUGAAUCAGAUCAUGGUAAAUGCUGCGUGUGGCGUCUACAGCAUCCAUCUUGGUGCCUUCUGUGAAUCCUAUGGUACCAGUGCUCAAAACAUCGCCUGGAUUUUUUCUGUCAACGGCCCAGCCAACAUUGUGUCGCGAAUCCUGCUGGGGGCGUUUGCACACGCCAGCGAGAAGGAUGUGUGGAUCCUCUAUUAUGGAGUUCUCUUGUCUUCCGGUACAGUAUUCUGUUUGAUGCCACUAUUUGCAAAGACGUACCCUGCUCAGUUGGUAGCUGGAAUUCUCAUAGGAACAUAUAUGGGUGGCUCGUAUUCUCUACCGCCUGUCCUGAUAAUAGAAUGUGUUGGCUUGAAGAAGCUUGCGUCAGCCUUUGGUGUCUCCAUGAUCUGCGCUGGGUCUGGGUGGCUGGUGGCGCCGCCUGCAGCAGGGUGGCUGGUGGAUUUGACGGGCUCUUAUGACUACAGCAUGUACCUUGCAGGUGUAUUAAUGUUCCUGUCUGUUCUUGUGGGUUUGGUGGUGCCACAACUGAUCAAGCCUGAGAACCAGUCCCACAUCCAUGGAGACCAUUCUGUUGUCACUGAGGAAGCGGAGAAAUGUGAUGUACGAUGAACUAUGUUCUAUAACCAGGAUGUUCUGAUGUUCUGGUUUUACACCUGUUACUGGCAUACCAACAAGCAAGGGAUUUGA